AUGUUGUGGAACCCGUGCGAGUGUUACGAGGAAGAGGUUUGUUUUGAGAAGGGCGAAUCAUGGGGGGGGAGCUUAGAGGCACACGGGGUUGCAGAUCCCCCGAGCGAAGCUGUGCCUAGUGUGGAAGGGAGGCCAAGUAUUGGUGAAGCUAGCCACGCACGCAAUGGGGAGGAUACCCGCUUACGCAGCGGCGGGGAUAACCACUCCCCUUGCCUAAGCGACCAGUUCGCAGAUGUGCCCGAAAUAAACCCAAACAUCGCCAAGUUCCUGGCCAGCAAGGGUAUAAAUCAGAUGACGAAAAUUCAGGCGCAGAGCUUCAAACCCAUUUACGAGGGGAGAGAUAUAAUAGGGCGUUCCGAAACGGGUUCGGGGAAAACCCUAGCCUUCGCGCUACCCUUGGUGGAGAAGUUAUACAAAGUAAAAAUGGGGAGGAGCGGAAAUGGGGUAACUUCCUCCACACCACAUGUAGAUGGAGCGAACCAUUUUGGCGGCACAAACCAACCAGAUGAUAACAAGAACCCGUCCAUCUUGGUACUAGAACCCACGAGGGAACUAUCCAAGCAGGUAGAAAACACAUUCAAAGAAAUAAGCCAAUUCUACAACUUCAACAUUAUGUCGAUAUAUGGAGGAGAAAGUUAUGUGUACCAAGAAGCCAAGUUGAGGAAAGGAAUAGAAAUUUUAACUGGAACCCCUGGUCGGAUAAUCGAUCACUUGGAGAGAAAAAACUUGUCUCUCCAGAAUAUAAAGUACUUGGUGUUAGACGAGGCUGAUGAAAUGCUAAACUUGGGAUUUACCCAUGAUUUAGAGAGAAUAUUAAGUUACAUCAAUUUGAAGGAGGCACAGAUUUUGCUGUACUCCGCAACAACUCCGUCAUGGAUUAAAGACAUCUCUUCCAAGUAUAUGAAGAACCCCUUCUUCAUCGAUGUGGUUGAUUCUUCCAACAAGACGUCCAAAAAUAUUAAGCACAUUGCGAUAAAGACGCCUUACGACAUAAAGGAAAAGGCCCUACUGUUGGAGGACAUCAUACUGGUUAAGUCGAACGGAGGUCAGGUGAUCAUCUUCACGCGAACCAAGUUAGAAGCGGAUAUUUUAUGCUCUGAGGGGUCCUUCAAAUCUCUGUCUUUUGCCGUUCUUCAUGGGAACAUCGCCCAGACGACUAGGGAACACACCAUGCAACGGUUUCGCCAGGGAAUGGUUCAAAUUCUGAUAGCCACUGAUAUUGCCGCUAGGGGGUUAGACAUAAGUAACGUCGAUUUAGUCAUUCAGUGCUUUCCUCCUAAUUAUGCAGAAAUUUAUAUUCACCGAGCUGGAAGAACGGGAAGAGCAAACAAGAAAGGUGUUUCCGUUGUGUUGUUCUCAACGGAAGAUAAACAAGACUUAAUAAAAAUCGAAAAAAAUUGUGGAAUAAAAUUUUCCAUAGAACAAUUGCCAAACAAUGAAGAUGUCUUCACAUCUGCAUCUACCAUGGCGUCAAAAAAGAUUCAAAAUGUGAAUCCAUCCGUAUUGCCAUUUUUUCACAAAACUGCUAGCGAAUUGAUAGAAAAAUGUACUCAAUCGCAGAUGGACCAGACAGAAUUAGUGGCCAGAUGUUUGGCCAUCAUUUCGAAGAAGGAACACAUUAAGAAGAGAUCCCUCAUUAAUGGCCUGUCGGAAACACUCACCCUAAGCUUUAUCAACAAAAGUAGAAAGUGGAAAAACGAAGACGACAUUAUCUACUGGGUCAAUAAAAUAUCCAACGAUUUAAAUGUAAAUACGUUUAACAAAAUUUUACAAAUAAAAAUUGAUACAAAGGAUAGAUUUUCUUCCUACUUUGAUCUGAAUGAAAAUAUAGCUGAACUGUUCAUACAAAACUUUAACAAUAUGUCCAAGGUGGACCACAGGAACAUGUUUGACUUAACUGUGGCUCGGAGCAUCCCCGAACAUGUUGACCUAACUUCCGACUUCCACUCCUCAAGCAGGUACCACCCGAAGAAGCGCUAUUCCUACAGGAGGAGACCUUCCUACUACUGA